AUGGCAAAGCAGUUUUCAUGGGAACAGGAAUACAAAAGGACAUGGGAAGAAGGUCCACAGAGCAAAAUCAACGAGGCCAUUAUGGAGGCCGAUGCUUCAUACAGCAACAAUAGAAAGGGAAUAAUAAGACACCUGCACAUUGUAGUAGAUGUUUCUGAGGCCAUUGACAAGAUAGACUUUCUUCCUUCAUUCAGAGCAAACAUAGUAAAAGCACUUGAAGAGUUUGUUCCCUCAUUUUACACCGAAAAUCCUCUUUCUGUGCUAUCGUUUCUUAGUGUGCGUGAUGUUUGUGUAAAGUACGUUAGUAGUGUCGACAUAGAUAUUCAUUCAUUUCUUGGACAAACAGGAUGUAAGUGGUUUUCGCUACUUAAUGGACUUGAAGGAUCUGUUGAGAUCAUGAAAAACUCGACAUAUGUCAAGGAAAUUCUGGUGAUAGUUGCAAGCACAUCAACUAGGGAUCCUCAUGGGUAUACAGAGGUGCUUUCAAAAAUGAAGGCGUACAGCAUAAAAGUGCAUUUCAUAAGCUUAUGCGGAGAGGUUGCGUUAUAUAAGUCGAUAUCAAAAGCAACAGAAGGAGGAUUUUAUGUUCCAAUUGACAUGAACCACUUUUCAGCAAUCAUGGCAAGAUUUCACCAUCCAUCAGAUUAUAACGGAACCAAGCUAAGCCUGGCAAAGAUAGGGUUUCCGUUGAUUCUGGAGGAGCCAAGCGUAUGUGCUUGCCACCUGGAAAUGAAGAUGUUUGGAUAUGAAUGUCCAGUAUGCAACACAAUUGUAUGCUCACUACCGAUUCACUGUCCCAUAUGCAGUACACAGCUUGUGUCCACAUUAAGUCUUUCCAAAUCACUAAGGUUUUUGUAUCCACUGAAGCCUUUUGUUUGUGCAAGCAAUGGAAUGUGCAGCAUUUGUGGAAUUGAGUGUGAGUGGAUGUGCGAGGGAUGCAGAAACACGUUUUGUAGGGAAUGUAACAGCUUUAUUCAUGGCACACUGAGUUUCUGUGUGUAUUGUGAUGAUCCGUAUAAUUAA